AUGGCAAUCACUUAUGGCGACAAUUUAAUGGCAAUUGAACCAGCAAACUCGCCGGGGUGCAUUGCUCAAGCAUACACGUUACAGCUUGUCCAUCUGAGUGCAGGAAUGUGGGCAGUGUGUUUGAUGACAAUGUUGUGGUUGCUUAUUGUGAAAGGAGCUAGCGAUGUGCAGUUAAAAUUGUUCAAGAUUUACAUAAUUUUUGCAUGUUGCAUUCCAUCAUUAUUGACGCUCGUGGCGUUUGCUGUUCACUAUAGACAAUAUGCCUACAAUGUGUCGUCCCAUACCUAUCAUUGUUAUGUCAGAUACGGAUUGGUUACACUCUUGACCCGGUACAUUCCAUACUUGCUGUGCAUGGUUAUAGGAAUAUGCUUUGGUGUCCAUGCAGCUUGGAAUCUGAUUACUUAUCGACAAAAGUUUGAACGGGAAAAUUCCUUCAAAAGCAUGGCAAUUCCAGUCGGUCUUUGUAUCCGAGUGAUAAUGUUUUGUGUGCUUCUCUUUCUCAUGACAUCAAUACAACCAAUUGUAAAGUUCAGCUACCGUCUAACUCCCCUCUAUCGUCCACCCUCUAAGAUCGAACAAGGCAUCUCUGCUUACACGUCCACGGUCGUCACGUUUGGACUGUUUAUUAUAUUUGGAACAACGCGAGAAGCAUUGCGGAUGCGGUUGGGAAGUUGUAAUAUCUGCAAUUUUUUUCGUAAUGGACGAGAUAACUUUCGAAAGAAAAUAUCCAGAGAUACCAUGUCCAAAGAUAGCGUAUGCACGUCAACUAUCGUUUCAACCCCCCCACCUCUCACCAUUCUUUUGGAUUCUCCUCCAGCACAUCCUCUACCAAUACAUUCUUCUCCACGUAAAUCAUACCACCAACCACGUAGUCAACAUCGCCGUCUAUUACAAUUCUCCAAUUCACUACAAACACUUCAAUUACAUCAAAACCUCCCUCCACCUCAAUUCCCACCACCAUCGGAUCCUCUUCCUCAUAUUCCAUCACCUCCUACCCGCAUUGCCUUUUCUUUCUCUCUUGCAUACAAGUUUCCAUAUGCACGUUCCUGUAUGCAACUCGCACGUCCUGAUUCACCGCCAUCAAGCGAUGAAGAGUUAUCUAUGCAUCUCAUUUGA